CUCUGUUUUCCGUUGGGUCAGUUUAACGUUCACCCCGGGAAAGUCUUACGAGACUGUUUCUUGUUGGCCUUCCCAAGGUUCCACCCAAGAUGCUCCUGUCUACGCUUCCUGUUCUCCCGGGGUUAUAAUGCCACAUCUGCAGUGCGCCCGGCGGUCAGCUGGAUCCGCCUCGUGCUUCAACAGGGAUUGGCCUGACCAGACCCAGGGACACCCCCUAUUCCAGCCUCAGACCACCCUCCAGCCGCCUCUACAGUCUCAACCCCCGGAACCAGCCGGCCAGCCACCCGCUGCCUCUAGGGCCAACCAACGCCGCGUUUUGAACUUGGCGCCUCGUUGCCGACCAACCAUGGGCUGUCAGAUUCGUCAGAAUUAUUCCCCCGAGGUGGAGGCCUCCGUCAACUGCCUGGUCAACAUGCAUCUGCGAGCCUCCAACACCUACCUCUCUCUGGGCUUCCACUUCGACAGCAGCGACGUGGCCCUGCCCGGCUUGGGCCGCUUCUUCCGCGACUUAGCGCGGAAGAAGCACGAGGGUGCCCAGCGGCUCCUGACUUUGCAAAGCCAGCGGAGCGGCAGCGCGCUCUUCCAGGACGUGCAGAAGCCGUCGCACGACGAGUGGGGGAAAGCCCCGGACGCCAUGGAGACGGCUAUAGUCCUGGAGAAGAACCUGAACGAGGCGAUUUUGGAUCUGCACGCCCUGGGGUCGGCCCAGGCCGACCCUUAUCUCUGUGAUUUCCUGGAGAACCACUUCCUGGGCGAGGAGGUGAAAGUCCUCAAGCAGAUGGGCGACCACCUGACCAACCUCCGCAGGCUGACCGGCCCCUACGCCGCGCUGGGCGAGUAUCUCUUCCAAAGGCUCACCAUGAAGCGCGACUAGCGGCCUCUGGAGCCCAGCAACCUCGGAGGGGCCCCUCUGGCAUCCCCUUAGUGCCAGGGCUUCCGCGUGCGCUUGUCCGAGCAGCUUUUUUAACCACCCCGGAGCCCUCUCCCAAACUGACCGAAUGGAAACAAUAAAGUCUUUUGCAAUGAAAAAUCAA